AGUUGGUGAUUAUUGAACUUCGUAAAUUAGUAGCAGCCGCUGCUGUUAUUGGAAGUUUUGUUGAUUCUGUGCUUUUUGGCCCACUUGCAUUUAUUGUUUUUCUCCCUAGUUAGCUUUUUGUUCCAGUAGCGAUUUGGCAGCUCGAACUACAGAAGAAGUUGUGUCAUGUUUUGCUUCGUAAUUUCGAUCUAAAUGGUAUUGUUCCGUGCUCAUGCGUUGAUUGUAUGCGGUUUUCAAUUGGAUUUUCUGCGCGAGAGUGGCUGAUGAUUGAUUCAUAACCAUGAGCUUUCAUGUUUAUAUGCGUUCAUGGACAGUACUACGGAGAAUAACAAAUUGUCUGAGAUUGUUGACAUAUUGAGAUCAUGGAUUCCGAUGAGGGGGGAACCUGGAAACAUGUCGAGAGAUUUCUGGAUGCCCGAUGAAAGCUGUAGGGUGUGCUACGAGUGUGAUUCCUCAUUUACUAUUUUCAACCGCAAGCAUCAUUGUCGGCUGUGUGGGCGGGUUUUCUGUGGCAGGUGCACCAUAAACACUGUCCCCGCACUUCCUGAUGAGCCCAAGAGUGGGCGGGAAGAUAGGGAUAGGAUUAAAGUUUGUAAUUACUGCUUCAAGCAAUGGAAGCAGCAGGUUGCUACUGGCAGUAACGUGGUGCAGUCGAGUCCUGGACUCACUCCAUCUCCAUCCUCAUCGAGUUUGGUGAGCACUCAAUCUAGUUGCUGCACCUGUAACAGUGGCAGCAGUGCUGGCUCUACUGAAUUCUCAACAGGGCCUUUCCAGCAUGUUUCAUGUGGUGUUGGUCGGAGUCCUCAUUCGUCUACAGGGAUGGAUUCAAAGUCCCCAAAGCAAGAUCAGGCAAGGAGCUCUGAAAAACUAGAUUAUCUUGAUUCUAUGGAUCCAUUCCGCCACCAGUUAGGAUCUUGCAGCAGGAGUGAUGAUGAGGAUGAUGACUACCCUAUCCAUAGGUCACACUCCGAAAUAAAUAUAGUAAGCCCUGACAUGGGCUAUGGUACCAACAACUACAGUCAGAUUGAUCACAUCUAUGGGCCUCGUGAAGCAGAACCUAACGAGGAAAGCACUCACGCAACCUAUAAUUCAUCUCUGGUGCCUGAGAAUUUUGAGACGCAAGGAUCAUUGGACUAUGAAACAAGGAAAGAAGCAGAUAUACAAACUAAUGAUGUCCAAUUUGGAUCAGCUCCUCUACAUGUGAUGGAUGAGGCAGAUGUUGAAGCUGUAGAUUAUGAGAAUAAUGGUCUUAUGUGGCUUCCUCCAGAGCCUGAAGAUGAAGAGGACGAGAGGGAAGUCUUUGUAUCUGAUGAUGAUGAUGACGAUCCCUGUGAGGAUGCCACAGGAGAGUGGGGUUACCUACGGUCAAGCAGCUUUAUUGUUGGGGAACUUCGAAAUAGGGAUAGAUCAAAUGAGGAACACCGGAGAGCGAUGAAAAGAGUCGUUGAUGGGCAUUUUACAGCUCUUAUAUCCCAACUUUUGCAGGCUGAGAACUUUCCUGCUUCAGAUCAUGAGAGUUGGUUGGAUAUUAUUACCCAAUUGUCCUGGGAAGCUGCUACUCUUCUAAAGCCAGAUACAAGUCGGGGUGGAGGAAUGGAUCCUGGUGGAUAUGUUAAAGUCAAGUGCAUAGCUUGUGGGAAUCGCAGUGAGAGUAUGGUGAUUAAAGGGAUCGUUUGCAAGAAAAAUGUGGCUCAUCGACGGAUGAGUUCAAAAAUUGAUAAAGCGCGGCUUCUACUGCUUGGGGGUGCCCUGGAGUACCAGCGGGUUGCUAAUCACUUAUCGAGUUUUGAUACUUUAUUGCAGCAGGAAAUGGACCAUUUGAAAAUGGCUGUAGCCAAAAUUGAUGCGCACCACCCAAACAUUCUUUUGGUAGAAAAAUCAGUAUCUAGAUAUGCACAAGAAUAUCUUCUUGCGAAGAACAUAUCUCUGGUUCUGAACAUCAAAAGACCACUUUUAGAGCGCAUAGCUCGUUGCAGUGGGGCACAAAUAGUUCCUUCAAUUGACAGUCUUUCUACCCCAAAACUUGGAUAUUGUGAUUCAUUUCAUGUAGAGAAGUUUCUUGAGGAUCUUGGUUCUGCUGGGCAAGGUGGAAAAAAGCUAACAAAGACACUGAUGUUUUUUGAAGGUUGCCCGCGCCCAUUGGGAUGUACUAUUCUGCUCAAGGGUGCUAGUGGGGAUGAGCUGAAGAAAGUCAAACAUGUAGUUCAUUAUGGUGUGUUUGCUGCUUAUCAUUUAGCACUCGAGACCUCAUUUCUUGCUGAUGAAGGUGCUUCUCUGCCAGAACUCCCUUUGAAAUCUCCAAUAAAAGUGGCCCUGCCAGAUAAGCCCUCUAGUGUUGAUAGGUCCAUCUCUAUGAUACCUGGCUAUAAUUCUCCUUCCAGUGAAAGACCUCAAGCACAACAGCAGCCCAGCAAUGCAUUUCAAUCUAGAAAUGACAUGUCUCUGGAUAGCAGACAGUCAUCAGUACUCUCAAUGUCUGAGGCAGAGUCUAUUUCAUCUAAAGGUUCUCAAUCGGAGCAGCUCUCUGAUAGUCCUUAUUCUAUAGACAAAAAUAGGCCGGAUGCUAAUGGAUGCUCUGAUGCUAAACGAUUGGAUUAUCUGGAUAGAAAUGAUACUCUAAACUCUAAACAUUUAUUUGAGACUGAGGCUCUAGGACAAGGAUUUAAUUUUUCUCCUGGUGAUGAAAAUAGACUUCCUUUGAACAUGGACAAAUAUGAGUCAGUACUCUCUGGGCAGCAUGACAAGGACCAGACUGUGGAGUUGGAAACACUGAUGGAUGAGUUUCCUCCCUCACCAUCUGAUCAUCAGAGCAUUUUGGUCUCUCUUUCAACAAGAUGUGUGCUAAAGGGAAGUGUAUGUGAGCGUGCUCAUCUCUUCCGAAUUAAAUACUAUGGUAAUUUUGAUAAACCUUUGGGUCGAUUUCUUCGAGACCAUUUGUUUGAUCAGGGCUCGCGAUGUAAUUCAUGUGAAAUGCCUUCAGAAGCCCAUGUUCAUUGCUAUACUCAUCAACAAGGAAGCCUUACCAUCUCUGUGAAAAGGCUUCAAGAAUCGUUUUUGCCCGGCGAGAGGGAGGGAAAAAUAUGGAUGUGGCAUCGUUGCUUACGAUGUCCACGAACCAAUGGUUUUCCUCCAGCCACAAAAAGAGUUGUAAUGUCAGAUGCUGCCUGGGGUUUAUCUUUUGGAAAAUUCUUGGAACUCAGCUUUUCAAACCAUGCUGCUGCGAGCAGAGUUGCUAGCUGUGGCCAUUCCCUUCAUAGAGAUUGCCUUCGGUUUUAUGGUUUUGGGAGGAUGGUUGCAUGUUUUCGGUAUGCUCCUAUCAAUGUCUAUUCUGUUUAUCUUCCACCAUCAAUGCUUGAAUUCAACUAUUACAAGGAGGAGUGGAUACAGAAAGAAUUUGAUGAGGUCAGUAGCAGGGCAUAUGUCCUGUUCACUGAGGUUCAGGAAGUGCUGCAUCAGAUAUCAGACAGAGUCAAGGAUGAUGCUGGCAAAAAAGCAGAUGAAUCUAGUAAACUGAUUGCUGAACUGGAGUUGAUGCUUCAGAAGGAAAUAAAAGAAUUUGAGGAAUCAUUGUGGUGUGUGCUUAAAAAGGAAGUCAAACACGGUCGGCCAGAGAUGGACAUUCUUGAAAUCAACAGAACAAAAAGACAGCUAGUUUUUCAUGCUUAUGUCUGGGACCAGCGGUUAAUGCAUUUUUCCAAAUAUAAGGUUUCUACACUGAAGGAGAAGCCUCUAGGUGUUAGGGAGAAGCGGUCAGAGGUGGAAACGAUUUCCAGGUCCAGUAGAGGGUUCACCAGUUGGGAUUCUUCUUUUGCUGUUAUGACGCCUUAUCUAAUGCCUAAUGAGGGAGAAGAUAGCAGGAUUGUCUGUCCAGAUGAGAUUCAUAAAGGAAUGGAUAUAGACCAGCCCUCGAGAAAUAAAGAGGAUUCCAACCUUUACCGUUCUGACACAAAUUUGAGUAACCAGUCAGACAUCCCAGAAUAUGCAAAAACUGUUCGAAGGGCUCGAUCAGAGGGACAGUUCCCAGUGAUGGAAAAUACAUCGGAUAAUCUAGAUACUGCAUGGACGGUGAAUCAGCAGCCAGAACACGUAUAUUCUGAAGACAAGAAGACCAUUACUCCUAAUACAUCCAUACGAGAGUCUUCUGGUGCUUUUUCAACCACUACAGGGCCAGUUGUUGUAGGCAGGUGUAGAAAUGAUAGGUCUGUUGGCGAAGAAACUAAUCAUUUACGUUCUGGAUUGCCUGCAAAGGGGCCUAAUGAUAUUGAAAAUCCAAGGAGUUGGCUGAGUAUACCUUUUUCGGCUCUGUAUCGGUCACUCUUCAACAAAAAUACUCCAACCACUUUGCAGAAGCUUGGAAAGAUUGCUGAGUACAAUCCAGUUUAUAUCUCAUCAUUUAGAGAACUGGUACAUCUUGGUGGUGCUCGGCUGCUGCUACCUACAGCUGGUAGUGACAUUGUUGUCCCAAUUUAUGAUGAUGAGCCUACUAGUGUCAUUUCGUAUACUCUGGUGUCACCAGAGUAUCAGAACUUUAUGGCAGAAGAACCAGAUAAGCAGAAAAAUUAUUUGGAACCCUCGUCUUCAUUUUCAUUAUUAGAUCCAGUUAAUUUAUUUUCGUUUAGUUCUUUUGAUGAGUCGAAUUCAGAAGCCAUGAAGGGUCUUGGCUCUGCUGAUGAAAGCAUCUUAUCAUCUGGCUCUCGAAGUUUUUCGGGUUUGGACUCUCUUCUAUACCCAAGUACUUUGCAUUCCAGAAUAUCCUUCACUGAUGAUGGCCCUCCAGGGAAGGUGAAGUAUUCUGUAACUUGUUAUUUUGCUAAGCAGUUUGAGGCCUUGAGGAAAGCUUGCUGUUCAAGUGAGUUAGAUUUCAUCCGCUCUCUUAGUCGCUGUAAGAAGUGGGGUGCACAGGGUGGUAAGAGCAAUGUCUUUUUCGCCAAAACAUUGGAUGACAGAUUUAUAAUCAAACAAGUGACUAAGACGGAGCUUGAGUCAUUUACAAAGUUUGCACCGUCUUAUUUCAAGUACUUGUCUGAAUCCAUAAGUGUUGGAUGCCCGACAUGCCUAGCUAAGAUCUUAGGCAUUUACCAGGUCACAUCAAAGCAUUUGAAAGGAGGAAAAGAGACGAGAAUGGAUGUUUUGGUGAUGGAGAAUCUUCUAUACAGACGCAAUAUCACCCGACUAUAUGACCUAAAAGGUUCUGCUCGAUCAAGAUAUAAUCCAGAUUCAAGUGGAAGCAAUAAAGUUUUGCUUGAUCAGAAUCUGAUAGAGGCUAUGCCAACCUCUCCUAUUUUCUUGGGAACAAAGGCAAAACGUCUGUUAGAGAGAGCUGUGUGGAACGACACUUCAUUUCUUGCCUCAAUAGACGUGAUGGACUACUCGCUUCUUGUUGGCGUUGACGAGGAAAAGCACGAGCUGGUUCUUGGGAUUAUCGAUUUCAUGAGGCAAUACACAUGGGACAAGCAUCUCGAGACCUGGGUGAAGGCAUCGGGCAUUCUUGGGGGCCCCAAAAAUGCUUCCCCCACAAUAAUAUCUCCAAAACAAUACAAGAAAAGGUUCAGGAAAGCUAUGUCUGCUUAUUUUCUAAUGGUUCCAGAUCAGUGGCUGUCCUCGACUAUCCUCCCAAGCAGUUCCCACUCAGACCAGCAUGAAGAAAACUCACAAGAUAAGGUCACCAUACAGUAACACUUUCUUUUUGCGCAUCAAUUCUUUACUGUAGCUGCCUCAUCUGUACCUGUUUGUAGAUCUGGAUGCAGAAGGCUCUUUUCGCAUUGCAUUUUUUUUUUGUUCAAAGUUCGUAUAGUUUUCAGGUGCCAAGUGUAAAAUGCAUUAUACAUAACAAUAGCUUUUUCUUCGUAAUAAGUGCUUGCUUUCUGCCA